CGUUCUUGUUCACGCUGAAUCUUCAUUCGUAUCCAAGAUAAACAAACAUGGCGGUCGAAAUGUCAAAUCGCAAAAUUAACAUUUACAAACUUGACAUGCAUGACAGUUUGCAAGGUUUUUGAAUGCCAUGAAUGUGAUGCCUAGCUAAACCAAUACCAUCAUGCCAACCAAUCUAGGAGAUAGGCGGAGCCAUAGAGGGGCGGAUCCCCUGGUUGCCGCAAGCUCCGUCACUGGGCCGAGGUCAACCAUACCCCAAGCUGAUCCUGUUGACCUUCACUCGGAGAAGGGAAAUGACAACCUAUAUCAAAUGACAAAUCUACCAUUUGGGCAGAAAGAUAUACAGAAGAGAUAUGACGAUAUACUUGGACCACUUACUCUCUUUGCUCCAUACUCACAUGAAGAUGUUAUUGUCGGGGAUGAGAUUGAAAUGGAAAGGCCUGUUACUCCAAUUAAUGAGGAAAUCAAAGCAGCGCCAUUCACUUUCAAUCAACUGGCAAACUAUGUCAGAAGAAGAAUAACGGCAGAUCCUCAAAGUCAUCAUCUGAGUGUCGAUGAUCAACAAGGCUUGGCCGCAAUACUGAUGGGCGAAGUCAAUGGCAUUUGGCCUGACAUCAGAAGACAAGUAGACGAUCCCUUUUUGACACCAGAGCAGAACAAAGAACUGCAAAGACGAAUCUCUGUUCACAUUGUAACUGUGUGCGAGACGUUGUUUGGUCAUUAUGUGGAAAAGGCCCAGAUUCUGAACAAGCGAGGUGUCUUCAGUGGGCCUGCAAAUAUGAGUCGGUUAAAAGCGCAACUGGCUUUAGAUGCCAAUAAAUUUCUCAAUAUCUUAAUCAUUCGUCGAUACCUCGUGGGGGACAUGAGGGGAAAAAAGGAUCAUGCCGACAAUGAAGAUGAAAAACCAGACCGUCCUAGUCAAAGUAGGCCUUCGACACAAAAAUCGCAGCGCUCCCCGGCCCUUACAUACCAGAGACUAGUUGUAAGCAGCAGGCCAAAAGAGCGACGCAAACGGGGGGUAGACCGAACGAUUGAGGAUGAUAUUCUAGAGAUUCAGGAACAGAUGCCUACUCUGCCCACGGAGAAAAUCAUCGAAAUGAUUGAUAAGAUGGGACUGGAGAAGGAGAAGUCCCUACUUUCUGAGUCCUCUGGCUCACCGGCACCAGUCUUGAAUCUACGUGACCAAAGAGAAGAUCAAAUAAGACAACAGCGUGACGAGGAAUUAAGCCGGACGUUACUGAAGCGCCACGACUCAUUAGGAGAGAUAGCUCAUAUAGAGACCCUUGCUGAAGAACUCGAUAUGUCGCUACAGCAGGUGCAUAAACGACCCAAUACAGCAACGCUAGAAAACAUGCCGUCCAUGUUGAGGAGAAAAGAAAAGCUAAAGAAGGAGGAAACAGAAAAAGAAAAAGAGAAGCCUGCAGUCCCUGGCACCAGAGAGUAUGCGGCCAAUGACCUGAAGAGACUGUGCGCUAGAUCGGGAGACAACGAACCUGAUGGCGAGCCUGACGAGGACUUGCCUCCUCUGCUACAGGCACUGACGAGAAGUGCUAAACAUGAUGGUAUGAAAAAAGAGCAUGAAAAGAAGAUUAAGGAACUGGAAGAGAAAGAGAGAGAAGAACUGGAAAAUUUGCCCAUAAUCAGGCAGCCAGCAUUCCCUCAACCAGAUACAGUAUCUACAAAACUUCCAAAUAAGAUGCUAGUUCGUACGUCAGAUAUCAGAGUCUCGGAGAGAGUGUGCAUGUCAAACGUUACAGUGAAGAAACAUGAAACUGUUUACAAUGAUCUUCUGGGAGAGAUUGAUCAGGCAACCCUUUUGAAGAUGGACAAGAACUUAUUCUUGGGCGACGAAAUUAAAGAAGUUUAUAAAGAGAUCAUGCAGACUGUUCCAACUGAUCAUCUAGAACUAGAAAAUGAUGUGCUGGUUGAACCUGCAGCAGACGCUGUCAACCUGAGCAGCAUCCUGAUGCCGUCUGCUUUGGCCAAGAAGAAGAAGGAGAAGUUUGUCAACAGUGCCUUACAGAAGAGUAAAGUUCCGCCGUGGGGUCUUCAGGGCAAUGCAGAAUGGGCUAAGAAUCCUGCCUCACAGUUAAAAGAUAUGCGAGGAGAAUUACAUGGUGCUGAUGAAAAAGAUAUCCUCUCCAUCCCGGGUAAGGUCCUGACGAUGGAUGAGUACAAAUCACAGCUGCAGGAGGCGCCAAGAAUGGUCCAGGAGCGCUUGUCCCGUAACUACGCAUCUUGGUUGGCCUGGUGGAAGAGUACAAUGAACACGGACGACUAUAUGAAAUAUCUCACGAGCCAGCAGUCCGAUUAUAUGGGAUACAUCUUCCAUUUUUACGACUCGGAGGACGAAGAUGAUGAGGAGUCGCGUGCUAGGAGGACCGCCCUGCUUACCGAGGCUGAGCAGAAGGAAAAGGAGAAGAAAGUCAAAGAACUGCGAAAGGUGAAAACAGAAUUUACUCCCGGAGUGUGGAAUUUCAAUUCCAUCUUGAUGGGUGGUCUUGGGAAAGAUCCCGAGUUAGAAGAAGAGGACCACGAGACAGCCAGAAGUGAAACAACAGAUGAUGCCAAGUCAACGCGGUCAUCAAAAGCAUUUAUAGCUAAAAAGUCCACCCUAAAGUCUCGAGACGGUUCAUUGGCGUCGUUUGCUCCAGAGGGCGCCAGCAGAAAAAGAAGCGACACCGGGGACAGAUCCCGGAUGGUUUCUAGAGCUACUGAACGAACCACUUUCACCACUGCAACAGACACUGCUAAAUCUCCUGAAACUGCAGAACCAGUUAUUACGCCUCAAGAUAGACUUGAAAAAGUGUGGACACUUCUUCAGAUGCCCGAUGCACUCAAAUUAGAUAUGGCUAUCAAAUACAGCACAGACGACUAUCUUAAUCAGUUAGAAGAUGCCAUUGAUUCUUGGGAGAAGGCGACCGAAUUGAUCAUCAAGCGAGAAGCGUUGAUGAAGAGGCUGGAAACAUUUGAAAGACUUGGCUCCGAUCCAAAUCGAUUCUUUGAUAAAAGUUCCAGGGGCUCCUCCGUAGCACGGUUAGAAGAGGCCAAAGUCCGUAGCGGUUACUAUAAGAAACUUGAAUCAAUGGAAAACAAAAUCCGAAGAGCAGUAGAGGAUGUUCGAGAUGAUUUCAAAGACACAAUCACAUAUCAGGGCCGCCCUUAUUUGGAGAAGAUGCACUGGGAUCGCAUCGAAAUGCUCUAUUGGCUUCAGGAGGAGAGGAAGCAAAAUGUCCUUGAGAAACAAGCCAUCGUCCAAGGUCUUCCACUCAAGGUUACGCAACUUGAACCAAUUCAGACACCAUCUCACUAACAUGACCAGAGUAUGGGGGAUGCUUUAACUUGGAUAUUUGCUAUUGGGUGGAUCUUGAUUUAUAUUCGAAAAGUAGUUCAAAUAUUUUGUUCUAUACAAGAGCAUUUACUGAGGUACGAAUAAAAAGAUCAAUCUUGUUAAGUCCGCAUCAGACACCAACUCACGUGAAUAGAGUACUGUAUGGGGGAUAUUUUGACUUGGAUAUUUUUGGUGGAUCUUGAUUUAUUCGAAAAGUAGUUCAAAUAUUUUGUUCUAUACAAGAGCAUUUACUGAGGUACGAAUAAAAAUACCAAUCUUGUUAAGUCCGCAUCAGACACCAACUCGCUGACAUAUGACUAGAGUACUGUAUUGGGGAUAUUUUGACUUGGAUAUUUUCAAUUAGUUGGAUCUUCAUUUAUUCCAAAGGUAGUUCAAAUAUUUUGUUCUAUACAGUAGAGCAUUUUUAAUACUGAGGUAUGGAUAAAGAUACCAACCCUGUAAAGUCUGGGUCAAUUCUCUGACUUUGGCAUCUUGGAGUUUUUUUGUGUCAGGUUUUCUUGUUGAGUAAAGGUAUCAGUUACCUUUAAAAGUUUGUGCUUACCUCAAGAGGAAAUGGCAAUAGGAGCCAAUAGAUUCACACUGAGAUUGGUAUGGGUAGAUAACUGAAGGGCCAAGUGUUCUUAAAUAUUUUUGUAUUUGCAUCCACAGUUUAUAGCUGAAUGAGUACAAUGACAACGAACUUGUUGUGGGGUUCUCCUAAAGAUUGCCAGUAAGGUUUAAAGUCAUCAAAAUGACAUUUGAUGGCCAUAAACGAAAUAAGCAGGCCAUUGGACACAUUUCAUGACAUUCACUGUUAUCUCAAAGUACAAGUGUACAUUAGCCCAGCAACAGCCAAUUUGAUUCGACUCGGAAAUGAUCGAGCUUUCCAAAUUACUGUUUACGCUUAUAUUUUUUUGACAACAAUACCGGUACUCUAUUUUCCAGCCAACUGUCAUAAAAAUUUUAAGAAAUGCAUGAAAUGGCCUUUUUAUUUCGUUUAUGACUGCUAAAUUUUAUGUUGAUUUACUUUAAACCUGAUGGAUUCUGUUAAGGAUUAUUGCUUGUUUUGUUAGACAUUUCAAUUGUCAUCAGUGACGAGUGCUCAUUGCUGUGUUAUAUGAGAGAAAAUAGUGUGUUAUAUGAGAGAAAAUAGUGUGUUAUAUGAGAGAAAAAAGUCAAGCCGUCCAUAUGAUUUCUAUCUAUGAUGUUAAGUCCUGCUGCAGAGAGAAAGUAUAUUUUAUCAAGUUGUAACUUUGUAGAUAUCAUUGUAAAUUAUUUAUAUUUAUGUAAAUAUAUUCUUUAUAGACUAUUA